AUGGACAAAAUGGCGCAGUCGGCGGGUCUGGGGCAGUCGCCCAGCGAGAUGGCGGUGCUGGCGGAGCGCGGCUACCAGCUGGGCAAGAAGCUGGGCGAGGGCUCCUACGCCAAGGUCUACGUGGCCGAGUACCGGCGCACCGGCAGUGCCGACACCCCGCAGGUGGUGGAGAAACUCGCCUGCAAGAUCAUCAACACAGCCGACGCGCCCAAGGACUUCGUCCGCAAGUUCCUGCCGCGCGAGCUCGACAUCAUCGCGCGCCUCCACCACCCGCACAUCGUGCACAUGCAUAGCAUCUGGCAGCGGCGCGCCAAGUACUUCAUCUUCAUGCGGUUCGCGGAGCGCGGCGACCUGCUGGACUUCGUGCUGAAGAACGGCGCCGUGUCGGAGGAGCAGUCGCGCAUCUGGCUGCGGCAGAUGGCGCUCGCCCUGCAGUACCUGCACGAGAUGGACGUGGCUCACCGCGACCUCAAGUGCGAGAACGUCCUCAUCAGCUCCAACUACAACUGCAAGCUCGCCGACUUCGGCUUCGCCCGCCGCAUCGUCGACACGGAGGGUAAGCCGAUUCUAAGCACCACGUACUGUGGCUCACUGGCGUACGCGCCGCCAGAGAUCCUCAAGGGGACUCCGUACCACCCCAAGGUAGCCGACAUUUGGUCACUUGGAGUCAUCCUGUUCGUCAUGCUCAACAAGGCGAUGCCCUUCGACGACACGAACGUGAAGCGGCUGCAGGAGCAGCAGAUGGCGCGCCGGUGGAAGUUCCGCUCCAAGGUGGUCAACAUCCUCAGCGACCAGGUCAAGCGGCUCACGACCUCCAUGCUGGAGCCCGAGACCAGCAGGAGGGUCAACAUCCAGCAGGUGCUGAACGCGGACUUCUUCGCGAUGGAGCCGCGCCUGAUGCAGCUGACGCCGGACGAGAAGAACGCGCUGUUGGAGGCGCGCGCUUCGCGGCGCCGGAAACCCGGCGGUUCGAUGGAGAUCGCUGCGGCGGUGGCGGCCAAGGAGGCGCCCGUCGGCUCCUCGCCCAACUUCGCCAAGCACUCCACCAUGGCGCCCAACCUGCGCGCCCCCGAACACUCCGAGUCCUCCUCCGUCUCGCGCAGCGUCAAAUAA